AUGGCCACAGACAAAGAGGUCACAACCGGUCCAAUCGACGAGAGCAACCUCCGCCGACACAGCGUCGGAACGGUGGAAAUCAGAGAUGCAUCGGGAAGACGCAAGACCGUGCAGCUAGACGAGCUCAAUGCGGCUGAUAGAGCCCUUGCCGAACAAUUCGGGUACAAGCCUGUAUUCAAGCGUGAGUUUGGCUAUCUCUCGACCUUUUCCUUCGCGGUCAGCAUCUCGGGUCUGUUUGCAACUACCACCACCACCUUCAUCUAUCCCUUGGAGGCGGGUGGUUCGGCCUCUGCCGUCUGGUGCUGGCUUAUUUCUGGUGCUGGCUGUAUGUGCAUUGCCUGCUCGGUUGCUGAAUUGGUGUCUGCCUAUCCGACUUGCGGUGGACUGUACUACACUGUUUCCCGCUUGGCACCCAAAGCUUGGGUACCUUCGAUCAGUUGGGUGACUGGCUGGAUCAAUCUCCUGGGACAAGUCGCCGGCGUCGCCUCGUCCGAGUAUGGCUCCGCUCAGAUUCUACUUGCUGCCGUCUCCAUCGGUCGAGAUUUCCAAUGGUUUCCAACCACCAACGAGACAGUCGGAGUCAUGGUCGCAUUGACGGUGCUCAAUGGCCUCGUCAACUCGCUUUCCACAUACUGGAUGGAGAAGAUGACCAAGACCUAUGUCAUUUUCCAUUUCGCCGUGCUCAUCUCCUGCGCCAUUGCUCUCCUGGCCAAGACCGACAACAAGCACAAUGCAUCCUAUGUCUUCACCAAUGUUGAAGCCAAUGCCGGCUGGAGCCCGGUCGGAUGGUCAUUUCUAUUUGGCUUCUUGUCCGUCUCUUGGACCAUGACCGACUACGAUGCCACCGCGCACAUCACGGAAGAAAUCUCCGAGCCUGAAAUCAAGGCACCGUGGGCUAUUUCUCUGGCCAUGCUUGUCACCUACGUCCUGGGAUGGCUGUUCAACAUCGUCCUCUGCUUCUGCAUGGGUGAUCCGGCAGAGAUCUUGGCCUCGCCCAUCUACCAGCCUGUCGCCCAAAUCUUCUACAAUUCACUUGGCAAGGGAGGCGGGAUUUUCUUCACCGUGGCGGCAUUCAUUAUCUUGCAGUUCGUCUGCUUCACCGCGACACAAGCAUUAGGGAGGACCGUGUUCGCCUUUUCUCGAGAUCGUCUGAUUCCCUUCUCGAAUAUCUGGACCAAGGUCAACCGUUUCACCGGCACACCGCUAUAUGCCGUCUGGAUCAGCGUCUUCUGGUGCAUCGCCAUCAACCUGAUUGCCCUGGGGUCUUAUACUGCCAUCGCCGGUGUAUUCAACGUCUGCGCCAUUGCUCUCGAUUGGUCGUAUGUCAUUCCCAUCGUUUGCAAACUGGCGUUUGGUAAGUUCACGCCAGGCCCAUGGCACAUGGGAAAAGUGUCGGUCUAUGUGAAUGCAUGGGCGUGCAUCUGGACCUUCUUCGUCACCAUAAUCUUCAUCUUGCCUACCAUACGCCCGGUGACGGCGAACAACAUGAACUACGCCAUUGCGUUCUUGGCCUUGAUCUUGAUUUGCUCCACGAUCUAUUGGUAUGCUGGGGGCAGGAAGUUCUACACCGGCCCGAUCAUCGAAGCCGAAAUCCAGGAAGACGAAGCGGGUAGUUCGUCAUCGGCACUGGACAAGGAGAAGACCGACGACGAGCUUCGUCGCCGGGGUCCGGAAGCUGCGUAG